CAGCCUGCUCCCAUCCCCUGCUGACACCCAUGAAGCCUUGCCUAACCAGUCCAGGGUGUAAAGGGUGCGGGUCCUGCCCGCCCCGGGGCGGGGCUGCGGCGUUGCGACCCGGGAGGGCACCCCAUAAAUGCGUCGUUGUCCGCAGGGGCCUCAGCAGCCGGCACUGGUGAGGGCCUGACCUCGGGCAGACGCAGACUGUGCCGGGAGGAUACCAAACUCACUGCGUCCUGCAGGGCCCAUGGCCACCGUCGAGUCAGGGCCGCCGGCCACUUUUGGAGCAUGGGACUACGGGGUCUUCGCACUUAUGCUGCUGGUGUCCACGGGCAUCGGGCUGGGCGUCGGGCUGGCGCGCGGCGGGCAGCAGAGCGCCGACGACUUCUUCACGGGCGGCCGCCGCCUAACGGCCGUGCCUGUGGGCCUAUCACUGGCCGCAAGCUUCAUGUCGGCCGUGCAAGUGCUGGGCGUGCCCGCUGAGGCCUCGCGCUUCGGACUCAAGUUCUUGUGGAUGUGCCUGGGCCAGCUGCUCAGCUCGCUGCUCUCCGCCACCCUCUUCCUGCCCGUCUUCUAUCGCCUGCGGCUGACCAGCACAUACGAGUACCUGGAGCUGCGCUUCAGCCGCACGGUGCGGCUCUGCGGAACCGCGCAGUACUUGGUGGCCACAGUGCUCUACACUGGCAUCGUGAUCUAUGCGCCCGCCCUCAUCCUGAACCAGGUAACCGGCUUGGACAUCUGGGCAUCCCUUCUGUCCACCGGAGCCAUCUGCACCUUUUAUACGACUGUGGGAGGCAUGAAGGCGGUGGUCUGGACGGACGUCUUCCAGGUGGUGGUGAUGCUGGCUGGCUUCUGGGCCAUCCUAAUCCGGGGGACCAUGCUCGGGGGAGGUCCUGCACAAGUGCUGGAGCUUAUCCAGAACCACUCACGGAUCAACAUGCUGGACUUUGACCUGGACCCCCGGAGCCGCUACACCUUCUGGACCUUCCUGGUGGGGGGCACGCUGGUGUGGCUGUCCAUGUACGGGGUGAACCAGGCACAGGUGCAGCGUUAUGUGGCCUGCCGCUCGGAGUCGCAGGCCAAGCUGGCUCUGCUCAUCAACCAGCUAGGCCUGUUUGUGAUAGUGUUCAGCGCGGCCAGCUGCGGGAUGGUCAUGUUCGCCUUCUAUGCCAGCUGUGACCCUCUCCGCACCGGGCGCAUCUCUGCCCCCGACCAGUACAUGCCCAUGCUGGUGCUGGACAUCUUCCGGGAGCUGCCCGGAGUCCCCGGACUCUUUCUGGCCUGCGCCUACAGCGGCACGCUCAGCACGGCGUCCACCAGCAUCAACGCGAUGGCGGCUGUCACCCUGGAAGAUCUGCUCAAGCCGCGCCUGCGCAGCCUGGGGCCCCGCCGGCUGGUGCUGGUGUCCAAGGCGCUGUCGUUCAUCUAUGGCUCCGCCUGCCUCACCGUGGCUGCCCUGUCCUCGCUGCUGGGGGGCGGCGUCCUCCAGGGCUCCUUCACGGUCAUGGGUGUCAUCAGCGGCCCCCUGCUUGGGGCCUUCAUCCUGGGCAUCUUCCUCCCAGCCUGCAACUCCCGGGGCGUGCUCUCUGGUCUGGCAGCGGGCUUGGCACUAUCACUGUGGGUGGCUGUGGGCGCCACCCUGUACCCACCCAGCCCACAGUCCAUGGGGGAGUUGUCGACCUCGGCCGCCGGCUGCGCCCAGCUCCUGGCCAACGCCUCCCACCUGGACCUUCAGGGCACCACUAACGCCUCCAGUGAGGGCCACAGUGGGGACACUGGCCUGCCAGCUUUGGCCAACAGUUUGUAUGCCAUCUCCUAUCUCUACUAUGGCGCCCUGGGCACGCUGGUCACGGUGCUGUGUGGUGCCCUCAUCAGCUGCCUGAUGGGUCCCACCAAGCGUGCUUCCGUGGGUCCCGGGCUGCUGUGGUGGGAUCUGGGCAGGCAGGUGGCGCCCAUGGCAGGGCGGGAAGAAGCCGCUGUGCUGAAUGAUGGCGCUUUGGUGAAGGGCAUGGAGACACUGACCCCGGAAACCAAGAAUCCUCCGGAGCUCCUGCCCACCGAGGACCGUCCACUCUUCCAGGGGGCAGAUGGAGCCAGUGCCAGGGCCCCAGUCCGGGACCUGCGCGAGACGGACCUCUGAAUGUGGGCGAAACUCGGAAUGGCCAAUCCCAGGCCAGCGCUCGAGGGCUCAGGUUCUGAUUGGCUGGAACGCACUUCUAUGCAGAUGAGCUGGGCGUGGGAGAGUCCAACCCCAGCUGACUUUUCCAUUAUCUAUUAUGAUGCAGAAAAGGCCCCUUCCAGGGACAGGGAAACUGAGGCCGGAGAGGGGCAGCUAUUUGGUCAAGGUACUUAUGAAGUAGACUCACCUAGGAGUCAUGAGUUAGAGGUCACUGGGGGCAGGAAUGAAAAUUAAGGAUUCAGGUUCCCGGGCCAGCACAGCAAGGCACCGAUGAGGUGAGCCUGGGUGGACGUUGAGGGCCAGUCACUAGCGUAGCCCAGCUCAGCCCAGAGGCGCAUUCUCUACAAAGUCACAGCCGGCUCCGCACACUGUCAAUGGACAUGGCUUCUGCGGAGCUCCUGUCUCAUAACCUGGGUGUCCCUCUCCUGAACCGGCUGCCCAACCCCCACCUCUUUCCACACCCGUCCUGGCCCAUCCCGAACCCCCAAAUAAAGAAGCCAGAGCUACUUGCUGGGCCAGUCAGUGUGGUGGGCUGCGGCAGCGGACGAGGACCAGACUCCCCUCUACAGAAUUUCUGGGGGUACUUUGGAGCUAGAGAACGUUCUGCAGGUAGGUCAGGACCAGGGGUGGACAUCUCUUAGACAAACAUCCUUGAAUUCCAGCAAGGACGUGGGCGCCAGGGGCGGUUGCCCCAGAAGGUCUGACUAGAGGGUGGGUCCAAAGCGCUCUUCAGAGCCUGGUGCUCCUGCGUGCUUCUCCUCUCAUCUGCACUACAUUUGCUGAUGAUUUAACCUAACCGCUGAACCCCCACCGCCAAUCCACCCCCAGAAUUGCCAGAGGGUCCCCAGGAUAUGUCGGCAUGCGUGCACACAGUCCUCUCAGUGACCCAACCCACACCUCCUUCCUGGGGCACUCCCCCUUAACCCCCCUUAUUGACAGAGCUGAGAACAGUUCACAGUGCCCGGUCACCCUUGGCCUCCAGGCCUCUCUCCAGCUCCCCUGCUGCUCUUGGCAUCCACAGUUGUGUCCAGAGAACGCCCCCCCCAUUCUUGUUAGUUCUGGAUGGGCAGUUGGGUCACCAGAGAGGGCCGGAG